AAGAAAAUGUUGUCUGAUACUUCAUCUUCAUCAGAAGAAAACAACGAAGAAUAUUAUCUUAGAAGACCCCGUUCAUUUAAAAACCUAAAUGAUCCCUUCGAAAUGUAUAAUGAUGCAGAAUUCAAACACCGCUUCAGGUUCCAUAAAAAUUCAGUAAUGGAACUUCUUCAUAAAAUUGGAGAAAAAAUUGAGGCCCCCACUAAGAGAAACAGGGCGUUAAAUGCAAAAAUGCAAAUAAUAGUCGCAUUAAGGUUUUAUGCAACUGGAGGUUUCCAGAUGACAAUUGGGGACCAUGUAAAUAUCACGAAACCGACAGUAUGUAGAAUAGUGAAGAGAGUUUCAACAGAAAUAGCGAAACUGAAACCAAAUUACAUUUCGAUGCCAAAAACCAGGCAAAAAAGGUUGGAAGUUGCUUCAGGCUUCCACGAUAUUGCUGGGUUACCACGUGUUGUGGGAGCUAUCGACUGCACACACAUAAGAAUAAUUUCCCCUGGAGGAUCCAACGCAGAGACAUUCAGAAACCGAAAGGGUUAUUUUUCAAUAAAUGUGCAAGCAGUGUGUGAUGCUGGCCUGAAAAUUAUAAACAUUAUAGCUCGUUGGCCAGGUUCGGUCCAUGAUUCCACAAUAUUCAAUGAUUCACCACUCAUAGUGGAGAUGGAACAAGGCUUGUAUGGCAAUUGCUAUCUGUUGGGUGAUAGUGGUUAUGCAUGCAAGCCUUUUCUACUUACGCCAGUAUUAAAUCCAGGAACUGAAGCAGAAAGAAGGUAUAAUCAAGCACACAUCAAAACACGCAACUGCAUUGAAAGAUGCUUUGGUGUGUUGAAAAGACGCUUCCCUUGCUUAUAUUACGGAUUAAGGAACAAGUUAAGUACAUCCUUAACAAUAAUUAUUGCAUGCUGUGUCCUUCAUAAUUUGGCCCUGUCAGUUAAUGACACUGUAGAUACACUGGAAGAAUUGCCUGAAAAUUUUGAAGAAAGUGAUAUUGUUCAUCAUGAUCAAGGACAACAAAACACAGCCAUACGAAAUGCAUUAAUAGCAGACCUUUUUGAGAGAUGAACGAGACCAAUACUUCAAUUCCAGAAUAUUUAUUUUUGAUAUAAUUAGGCUUAUCACAUAUUUGGAUCAUAUCA